AUUAGUCAUACUGAGAAAGGUUUUACUUUUACGAGGCGACUUCCAUCAUCUACAUGAGAGAGAGAGAGAGAGAGAGAGAGAGAGAGAGUCGAUCAGGAAAUCAUAGUUUUGUUACUCUCUAAAUCUUCAUUCGCUUCGACUCUUUCUCCUUUCUUCAAGUAAUCCAUUUCCCUACCUUCUUUCAAAUCCAAGAUCUUCUUCUUUCUUCUCUGUGUUCUGCCUUGCUUACGGUUACACCUCGCUUCAAAUCUGGUGAAGCACAAAAAUGGUUGAUGUUUUGGAUCCUGAUUUGAUCAGUGACCUUCCUCAAAGCAUUAUAGAAACCAUUUUGAUUCAACUUCCUAUAAGAGAUGCUGUGAAAACUAGCCUUUUGUCGAGUAAAUGGAGGUAUAAAUGGUCUUCCAUUACUCAGCUUGUGUUCGAUGAAAAAUGUGUCCCUAAUGUUCACGACCGAGACAUUGUUCAGAAAAGUGUUGUGGAAUUUAUCACCAGACUGCUAUUUCUUCACCAUGGACCAAUUCAUAAGUUUCAAAUUACGAAUACAAGCUUGCAGAGCUGCUCUGCGAUAAAUCAAUGGAUUCUUUUCCUUUCGAGAAAUGAUAUUAAAGAUUUGAAUCUUGAACUAGGAGAUGGUGAAUUCUUUAGAAUGCCUUCCUGCCUUUUCAGUUGUAAGAAAUUGACUCGAUUGGAGCUCUCGCGCUGCGAGUUGGAUCCUCCUGUUGGUUUUAAUGGAUUUUCGUGUUUAACAUAUCUCAAUCUUCAUCAAGUUUUGAUAUCUCCUGAAGCAAUUGAGAGCCUCAUUUCAAGUUGCCCUCUCUUGGAGAGUUUAUCACUGUCAUAUUUUGAUUGUUUAGCCCUUACUGUCUGCGCUCCGAACCUCAAGUACUUGUGUCUUGAAGGUGAAUUCAAGGAAAUUUGUCUUGUAGAUACUCCACUCUUGGUUGAAGUAUCUGUUGCUAUGUAUAUGACUGACGUUGCUGAGCACAUAGAGCAAAGCUCAAAUGGAAAUUUUGUCAAGUUGCUUGGCGGUGUGCCUAAACUUGAGAGACUUGUUGGCCUUAUUGACUUCACAAAGUAUUUGAGCAUAGGUAACGACCUUGGGCAUCUUUCUAUAAUGUACAACAAUUUGGAGGUUAUCGAAAUGUAUCAAGUAAGUUUUGAUGAUAUGAAAGAGAUACUUGUCGUCCUUCGCUUGAUUACAAACUCUCCUAAUCUAAAGGAACUUCACAUUUCAGGUUCAUCAAACGCAACAAAUGUUUCAUAUUGGCAAAAUUUGGAUUUAUGGGAAAAAGGAUUCCUUUCAGAUUCUAUACUUAGCCAGCUUAAACUUGUGAAGUUGACAGAAAUGAGUGGUUUGCCACAUGAGAUCAACUUUAUCAAAUUUUUACUUGGCUCUUCACCUGUGCUGGAGACAAUGAGUAUCGUUCCUUGUAUGUAUGAUUUGGAAGGUCAAUUGAGAAUGGUGGUCGAAUUGAUGAAAUUUCGAAGAGCUUCUACUAAAGCAGAAGUUUAUUUCAUCCGCGGAGAUUAAAACUGUGGAAGAAGUUGCCAAAUUCAUUCUUUUAUGUCCUUUCUAUCAUUUCCGUUGUUGCUUUUUUCUUUUCACAAUUUAACAUUCAAUGAUGUACAUAACCUCUAAAGAUAUGUGAAAACUAGUACAUUCUUUGGCAAGAGUAGAUGUUAAUAUUGAUUGAUACAAGACAUGAGCAUGUAAGGGAGGCACUUUUUUUUUUAA